GGAAGGAGUUUCGUUUCCUUUAAACAAGGUUUCAAGUUCGAAUCUUGUGAAUAGAGAACAAAUGUUAUGUUUUUAUUAUUUUAGAUAGAAGAAUCCAAUCGAAAAUUCACCUCUGUUGCGAUUCUAGACUCUUUCUCCAUGGAAUUUCUUGAAAUAAUAAUCCCAUCAUUGAUGGAUAAAAUAGAACAGGUUCCUCAUUUCCAAAAAGAAUUUAGCACCCAGCUCAAAGAUAUUUGGGAAAAAGUACAGGGGAAUCCUAAAAAUUUCGAGUUGAGAGGGCUUCUGACUCAAAUUUGCACUGUAGAGGAUACCAUUGACUCCAUCAUUGCUAGAAAAAUGCUGCAUAGACAAAAUAUGUCCAUCGAGAAGAUUCCUGUCAAAUAUUUUUCAAUUGCAAUGAGCAGUGUCAAAUUUCCUUACGAGUUGCACAGGCAAACUAAGGAGCUAAAAAUAUUGAAUGAUUCCUUGUCUGCCCCAGUUCCAGCAGUGAAGUUACCGAGCAAAUCAGGUACCGUAGAGGUCCCAGCAAAGGAGUCCUCUAGUAACACAGUUCCUCAAAAGAAGUCCCCUAAAGAAGCUGCAGUUUUAUCAAGAAAACCAAGUAUUCCAGGGGGCAUUCAAGUCUGGUCAGAAAACAAAGAUGUUGGGAGGGACAACAAGGAUUCAGAUGAAAGACAUCGUCAGAGUUGGGAGGAUGGGUGUGUCCCAAUUGUUUUGGAGGAGUUAGUAAGCAAGUUAGCUCAACCGGUACUCCUUAGCAGGCGGAUGAGGCAACUUCUCAUUUUGAAAGCCAAUUUGGAAUGCCCAAGUGAUGCAAUUUUCUUGUGGACUUCCUACCAUUCUGAUUAUACUAAACAGCAUUUUCAGUUUCACUGUUGGGUUCCUGUUGCUGACAAGCCUGAAGAAGGAAAUAUCUUAAGUUAUAUUUUGAAACAAGCUUCUUCCUCUUUUAAGCAGGAAGAAUUAGAGCCGUCAAAUCAGUUACUGCGGAGGCAGCUUCAUGAUUUCUUAGUUUUUAAAAGCCGACUGCUUCUUAUCUCUAAAGGAAUCACUUCAACCAAUGUUUCAGAGGAAUGGUCAAGCCAACAGCUAGGGAAGUCUAAAGAUUAUUUGCUGAAGGAAUCUAGAAUUCUUGGCAUGAAAGAUAUUAUGGCUGAGUUAUCCCAGUCAAUCUUAAAUCAGUGUAAAUUGUUGUUUCUCAUUUCAAUUGUUGGGGUGGCAGAAUUAGAGAAGAAAACUUCAGAAUCAGAGAAGACAACUUUUUUGUGGGCUAUGUACAAUGCAGAGGAUAUUAAGCAGCAAUUCCAAUACCGUGCCUGGGUUCGUGUUCCAAAGUUUGAAGAAAAAGAACUUCUAGCUGAUAUUUUGGAACAAGUUACAGAUAACAAGGUAGAAAAAGAAGACCUUGACCUGGUGACACUACAGAAGAAGCUUUGCAAUUUCCUAGCUCCGAAGAGGUACCUUAUAGUUUUAUAUGAUGUUUGGACGGCAGAUGUUUGGGACAAGCUCAAACAAGCCUUUCCCAACUCCAUGAAUGGUAGCCGGGUGAUUCUAACUGUCCAUGAGGCUGAAGUGGCUUGGCAAACCAAUUCUUCUUGGAUCUUGGGAACAAUUUGUGGAAAAGAGUUGCUACAUGAAAAGGUUUCAAAUCUAAAAGUUAAACAUAAGUGGGGAAGAUUCUCUGAUGUUAAGGCUAAUGAGUCAGGCCUUGUUGGAUUGGAUGAUAAAGCGCAGGAAUUAGCUGAACUGCUACUUGAAAGUUAUCAAUUUCUCAUCUCAGUGGUAGGUGUGGCAGGCUCUGGCAAGACGAUGCUUGUGAAGGCAAUUUACAGUAGUUUAGCAAUUAAGCAGCAUUUCGAGUGUCGAGCUUUUGUUUCUGUUUCUCAAGUAUUUGAGGAGAGAAAACUUUUGGCAGACUUGUCAAUGCAGCUGGGAAUGGUGCGGAAGGAUGAGAGCUGGUCCAAAGAGGAAUUGCGAAAAAGACUUAGAAGUUUCUUGGCUUGGAAGAGAUACCUAAUAGUUUUAGAUGAUGUCCAUACGGCUGAUGUUUGGGGGGAACUCAGUCUUGCCUUUCCAGAUCCAUCAAAUGGGAGCAAGGUGAUAUUCACGAUUCGUGAUGCCCAUGUAGCUCGCUGUGUUAAUCCACAUACCAGAGUUCUGCAACUACGUUUGCUAAAUGAUGAUGAAAGUUGGGAAUUGUUCCUAAAGAAGGUACCAAGAGAUGAAGGUAAUGAUGCUGGAUUGAUAGCUCUCAAAGAUCAAAUUUUGCAAAGAUGUGGCGGCCUGCCUUUUGAUAUAGUUGUACUUGGAGGUUUGCUGUCUACCAAGGACCUAAAAAAUUGGUCCGCAGUCAUUGAGGAAGUCCAUAAGAAAGAAAGAAAAAAGAGGGUAACUGGAAAGUCCGUAGACCAACCGGCUUCCUCACAUACGAAGCAAGAAAAUGAAAGGAAAACGAUGCAUGCUUUGGCAUCUCAAGACUACAAUAAGAAUCGUUUAGUAGAUCAACCAAAUUCAUGGGCUCAACAUGCUGAUACCAAGCUAGAAGAGGAAGAUGGUAUAGGGGAGAUCCAGCAAGCGAGUCCCCGUGAAGCUCAACCAAACUUCUCAGUUCAACAGUCUUUUUCAGACAAGAAGCAAGAAGUAGAGAUGAAGCAUGUAGCAACUAAUGAAGAUCAGGAAAGUUCUUCAAAUCAAUUGGCUUUGUCAGAUAACAAGAAAAGAGAAGAAGACAAGGCAUUGGUGACCAAGAAUAUCAUCUCUGACCAAGAUCAAUCAGAUUCCUCAGAUGAAACACUCUCAGGUAUGUUGGCUUUUGGCUAUCAGGACCUAGACACCGACUUAAAGUUGUGUCUUAAUUAUUUAGGUCUCUUUCCGAAAUCAUACAAGGUCCCUUUUAGGAGGUUGUUUCAACUAUUUGUUGCUGAGGGAUUGGUGAAACAAUCAACUGAAGAAAGUUCUGAAGAGAAGGUGAAGAAACACCUUCAAAAACUAGAACAAAGAAACAUGAUUGAGGUAGGGAAAAAGAAGUUAGAUGGGAGCCCCAACACCAUUUGUAUGCAAAGUACUGUAUAUGAUGCAUUAUCUCCAAGAGCAGUGAGAGUUGGAUUCUUUCACAUUCACUCCAACCAUGGCCAAGAUACCUCCAACACACCCCAGUUCACACCCAUCCGCAGGUUCUCAGAACACACAGAGAUCAAGGAUGGCAGCCCUCAAAAUUGCAGCUCUCAUCUACGUUCUUACAUUUCUUUCAAAACAGAAACAGGUGAUCUCCCUGCCUCUGGAGUGGAUAAACUUCUUAAGGAGAUUGUUAAGAGAGGGUAUGGAUUAAUUGUCAUACUUGAUUUAGAAGAAGUCUACAAACCAGUGUUAUCUAAACAUCUAAGCAAAUUGCCAAAUCUCAAGUAUUUGGGUUUAAGAUGGACUUUUUUGGAUUCAAUUCCAGAUUCAGUUGGUGACUUGCCCUGCCUACAGACUUUGGACGUGAAGCACACAAAUCUAAGCACUUUGCCUGGCACGUUCUGGAAGGCUAAACAUCUUCAACAUCUUUACUUGAACAAUAUUUGUUUUGAUACAUGUAUUUCCAAGGCACGUCAAACAAAUGGUUCAUUAACCAAUCUUCAGACUUUAUUGGGUCUGGCGAUUCGCAAUAAGAGUUCUGUAGAUUGUUUGAAGGCAACACAGAUGAGUGAUCUUAGAAAACUGGGAGUAAAAUGCUAUGAAGAAUUCACUGAAGAGAUAGUUGGCUGGAUUUCUGGAUUGAGUGAACUUCAAUCAUUGAAGUUGAGGUCAAUAAACAAAAUCGGCGAACCUUCACCACUCAAAUUAGAGGACUUCAGUUCUCCUGUUAAGCUAUCUCAGUUGUAUUUGUCUGGAAAACUUCCAGAGACAUUUGAUUUUGGAAAAUUUCCCCAAAAUCUAGAGAUCCUUACUUUAUCAGUGUCAAAACUGUCAAAGGACCCAAUGGAAGAACUAGGAACACUGGUGAAGCUGAAGAUCCUUAGGCUGCAUGCCCGUUCCUACACUGGGGAAAAAAUGACAUGUCGUUCUGGCACUUUCCCCAAGCUUCGAGUCUUAAAACUGUGGAUGCUUGUGGAGCUGAAGGAAUGGAUAGUGGAAGAAGGAGCCAUGCCUGCGUUAGAAGAAGUUGAGAUCAGGUGUUGCAAGAAACUAAAUAAACCUACUGGAUUGGAGGGGUUGAAAACUCUGAAGGACUUGGUUUUGACUAGCAUGGAGGAUGAUUUUGUGAAGGACGUUCAAGGAAGCAUGAUGAGUAGAAAUGUGUCAAUCAAACCACAGAAAUUGAAGUUUUCUUCCUGGGAAUGAAAUCAUGAAUACAAAUGGAGGCAAGAUCAAAGGGGAUCAACAACAUUCAUCUCAAAGUGGAAAUGAAGUUUGUGGAAUGACGAUGUGUUUAGUGGUGUUCAACAGUAUGGCUAAGUAUUAUCAUAAUUACUCUACCCGAGUGGACGGGAAAGCAGAGAUUUCCCAAUCCAUUGUUCUAAGCUUUCAUUGUUCUAAUUGUCUUUCUCAAAGAGGAAUUUGUUUCAAUAGAAUCCUAUGGGAUGGAAGUUAUUCGCACUUGUAUGGUGAUCUAUGUAAAAUAGUAACAUUUUCCCUGACAUGUCAGAUCUAUGUUAUGGGUUGAAUUGUGAUUUCUUGUUUGAACAGCUUAAACCUGCAAUUUUUAGGGUUUAGACAGUGCCAGAUUGUUUCCUUAUCAAGUGAAGUGCUAGAACUAUUUAAUUGAACUUGUGGAAUUAUUCUGCUAUGGCAGUAAUAUUUACUUCUUUGUGAAAUGGAUGAAGUGUUUGCUUAUUUCUUCAGAGUAUGUCCUUCGUAUAGCUCGAGCCUCGAGUUGAUUAUGCAGUUUUACCGGGCAAUUGUUUACGAUGUUUGGUUUAUUUAUUUAUUUAUUUUUAUCAACAAAUGUUUGGUUGUUUUGUAAUCUGCACAGACGAGACAUGAUAUUUAUAUUUUCAAGUUGAGGAUUUUUGUGUAAGAGAGCCUGUAAUGACUUGAGUCAUUCCUGGUCUGUUGUCUCCAUUUUUGGUAUUUCCUUUGUAUUAAAAUAGUAAUUGUUCA